UCAUUCUGCUCAGUUUUAACUUUUUAAUCGAGAGGAGAAAUUUCAUCUUUUUAUUAUUUUCUUUAGAAAAAAUAUGACUGCAUAUUGUCUGUUUGUCUUAUUCUUUGGAUUGGUGAAUGCUGGUAUUGAGAUCCCUAGAGAUAACUGUGACUGGAGAGGAGCUCAUUGGGGCGAUUUCAUUGCAUGUGAUGGAGACCAAAUAGCCAUAGGAGCAUGUGGUUCAGGAAAGGAUGGUUACUGCCUUGGCAGUUAUUAUACAGCAAUUCAGUGCUGUACCUUUGAUGGCUUUUAUUACGGAGGAUGUGAGGUAGCCAACAGCAUUGACUGGGGUGUACCAGUUUCCUGUGUUGGUCUUAAUGGACAGAACCAUCUUGUGGAGUCUCUGUGCGGAUCAGGAGGAGGAAAGGACUGUGAUGGACAUAGCCAUGAAACUAAAUGCUGUGUUGGGCAUGUUGAAGGAAAAGUUGUUGGAACUACUGGUUCUUGUGACUGGAAGUAUACAAGUGUUUGGAGUGAGGAACUAACUUGUGGAAGAGCUGAUGAAGCUGUCAUGGGAAUCUGUGGAUCUGGAGAAAACAAGGAUUGCCCUGGAGACUCUGUUCAUGGAAUUUACUGCUGUGAGCUCGUAGAAAUUGCAUAAAGUUAUCAAAUCUAUUUCAAGUAUCUACUGCUUCUUUUUGUUAAUAAACAUAAUAAUUUA